AUGUCCUCUCCACCACCUGUAAGGCGCUUCAAAGUCGAACCAGUGGAAACGGGCUUGAAGUCAUCUCGGAGAUUUGCACCAGAACCCGUAGAGACAUCCGCUAAAACCACUCGAAAGUUUGCUGCCGAACCCAUAGAGACCACCUCAAAGAUACACCGCAAGUUUGCUCCCCAGCCCGUAGAGACCUCCACGAAAACCACUCGAAAAUUUACACCCCAGCCCGUAGAGACGUCAACUUCGAGCAGCAGGAAUCGGCGCAAUGUUGAGGAGACAAGUAACACCAGGGGGAAGUACGGUCCACAGCCGGUGGAGACAAGUUCAAGAAGUAGUCAAAACAAAUCCGGGAACGCAAGCGACGCUUCGGCGGCGGAAGAUAGGAGCCAAACCAGUGAUAGACCUCCACGGCGAAAGUUUGCGCCGCAGUUAAUAGAGACAGCGAAACGGACACGAAAAUCCGGUGACACGAGCCCAGCGAUCCUGCCUUCCGACAAGACCGAGGCCACACCUGACGAUCAUGUGCUGGGGAAGCAACGACCCGGCAUAUUACCUGCACCACCAGACAACACGCCUGCCACCAGCAUGUUACACGUACCCCAGUUGCGUGACGUGUCCCAUCUUGAUGUGCUGGAGGCACGGAGGAUUGGCGCUCCACUCGACUUGCGGAAACUCUCCACCAGUAGCGCACGCUCACGUUCAUUUAGAUGUCCCGAACUAGAGACCAUCGAGUCUUCCGAAUCUGAAGAAGGAUCUAACUUACCCUCCUUGUCAACUUCCCCAUCGACGUCUUCCGAUCACUCAUACAUGUACAAGCACGCGACAAGACUUAGAGAGAGUGUUGAUGACAGAGUUUCUGGGUACCUCUUAGAGAUUGCAGCGAGGGCCGCUGAGAAGCAGUUACGGGAACAAGCGAUGGCGGCUUUUCCAAACAGUGACUUCCACGAGCCAGUUGAUCAUUACAUAGAUCGCGACACGGACGAACGCAGCUUGCCUGGAACGGCGCGGACCAGCAGACAUGACCUUCGAUUUACUCAGGUGAACUGGGAACUCAAAGGAAUGCGAGAGCGUCAGGAGCAGAACGAUCACCAGAGGUAUCGAACGCCGAGCAGGCGAGAAUCGCACUCCAGAACCGGCCGGCUACAAUCAACUACAAGUAGUCCUUGGGCAAGUCCUACGCCGGUAGGGUUAUUCGCCCAUGAACAAGUCCCCGGCCAGCCAAAGAAGAUGGCCGGUGGGCGGCAACGAGAGAUUGGCAUAGAGCAUAUGCGCGCUGGCGCAAGGCCUCCGAUGCUGGGAGGCGACAUCGAAUUCCCUAGGUGUCCAUCCCCUGAACCUGCAAGAUUUGACGUCACCCAGGGCUCUCACGCAGUGCGCGAGUCGAUGUGCUACCUCACGGGGCAGGCCAAUAUCGAGGAACCCGAAGGUCUGUGGCAAGGGAAGGCUACAGCCUCGCCCAAGGUUUCACUAUGGUCUACUACUAGCAGUCGGCGGUCGAGCGGGAAAGGGUUGUGGAACGGCUACUGCUUCGAUAGCGGCCGCCCAGCUCCACGCGGUCCAAGUGGGCUCCUCACUCCUAGUGCCGAGAGAGGUGAUCCAGUGACGACGCCCUGUCCGACACCGACACGCGAAGAGCUACCCCCAUCACCACCUCCGUCCAAUCCGGACAUCGGCGAGAUGGCGAGCCUCAAUGAGAAGCUGAUGGCCGAGCAAGCCAUUGACGAAGAGUUCGACGACGCCUUCGUUACUCAAGUAUACAACUACCUCUCGCUGGGCUAUCCGUCUCUCGCUCGCAAGUUCGACGGAGAGCUGAGUAGGAUCUCUGGCACGUCUAUCGCAGAUCUGCGGCAAGACGAUGCACUUGCUAAUGCCCGUGGCUACAUUCGGUUCGGCGACGAUGAAUUUCCCGGCGAUCUGGAUAUCACCGAGUAUACAUGCGCGCGCUGGACAGCACUGCGAUUGUAUAUUCGUGAAUGGGCGAAGCAGCAGCCAAAUAUGACGCAGAAUGAGCACGCCUUGGGCGGCUUUGGCGUCUCGGCGAGGCGCGGCAGUUGGGCGUGGUAA